GCAAGUGUCCCGUUAACUCAGUGUGGUAGACUAUCCUUUGGCUCCCAGGCAUGCACUGCUUAAGUUCCAGGAAAUCCAGUUGCCGUUGCCCUUUCACCCAAUUUUGUUGCCCACUGUACUUAUCUGGUCCCCGUCUAGUUCUAUGUAGCCGUUUAGGAUGCCUGGCUCAGCCCCAGUUAGUUACCUGGGACCAUGGCCUAAAGAUGUGGGUAUCAUUGCCUUAGAACUGUACUUCCCAUCCCAAUAUGUGGACCAGACUGAGUUGGAGGAGUUUGAUGGUGUGCCCGCUGGUAAAUACACCGUGGGCUUGGGCCAAGCUCGCAUGGGCUUUUGUUCAGACCGUGAGGAUAUAAAUUCUCUCUGCCUGACUGUGGUCCAGAGGUUGAUGGAGAAGAAUGCUCUAUCCUACAACAGCAUUGGUCGACUGGAAGUUGGUACUGAAACCAUCAUUGACAAGUCCAAGUCUGUCAAGACAGCCCUCAUGCAGCUAUUUGAGAACUCUGGCAAUACAGAUGUGGAAGGAAUUGACACCACAAAUGCUUGCUAUGGUGGUACAGCUGCACUCUUCAACGCUGUCAACUGGGUGGAAUCCAGCUCAUGGGAUGGACGUUAUGCUUUGGUGGUAGCAGGGGACAUUGCUGUCUAUGCCACAGGAAGCGCCCGGCCUACAGGGGGGGCUGGUGCUGUGGCCAUCCUGAUUGGGCCUAAUGCUCCUCUGGCCUUUGAGCGAGGUCUACGGGGAACCCACAUGCAGCAUGCAUAUGACUUCUAUAAGCCAGACAUGGUGUCAGAGUAUCCUGUUGUAGAUGGCAAGCUGUCGAUACAGUGCUACCUGAGUGCCUUGGACCGCUGCUACUCUGUGUACCGCAACAAAAUCCAUGCACAGUGGCAACGAGAGGGUUCAGAUAAGAGCUUCAGCCUGGAGGACUUUGGCUUUUUAGUCUUCCACUCUCCUUAUUGCAAGCUGGUACAGAAGUCAUUGGCAAGACUGAUGCUGAAUGACUUUCUGAACCACCCCACCCCAAACACUGAGACCGGACCCUUCACAGGCCUCGAAGCCUUCAGAGAUGUACAGCCAGAGGAUACCUACUUUGACCGGGAUGUGGAGAAGGCAUUCAUGAAGGCCAGUACAGAUAUGUUUGAGAGGAAGACCAAGGCAUCCCUGCUAAUCUCCAACCAGAAUGGAAACAUGUACACCCCCUCUGUCUAUGGCUGCCUGGCUUCACUUAUUGCACAACACACACCAUCACAAAUGGCAGGACAAAGGAUUGGAGUUUUUUCCUAUGGUUCAGGAUUUGCUGCUACACUGUAUUCUCUCAGAGUGACACAGGACCAUACCCCUGGAUCUAGUCUGGACAAACUUGUAUUGAGCCUAAGCGACCUGAAGACAAGACUGGACUUGAGGAAGAAAGUUUCGCCAGCUCUUUUCUCUGAGAAUAUGAAGCUGCGAGAAGACACACACCACUUGGCCAACUAUGUCCCACAAGGCUCUGUUGAGGAUCUGUUCCCAGGUACAUGGUACUUGACGCGAGUGGAUGACAAACACCGCAGGGAAUAUGCCCGCAGACCUCUGGAUGAUGACCUGCCAGCAGAAUCAGAACUGGUUCGCUCAAGCAGUGCCACCGAGCACAUCCCAAGUCCAGUAAAGAAGAUGCCUCGUAUGCCUGCAGCCACGGCUGGCUCUGAAAGAGCCGUCAGCAACUGAAAGUACUCUGCACUUACUCGGAGAAUUAUAAAGUUCCAGCAGUUUGGAAACUAUGUGAGACAAUAGAGAUCAGAUGAAUAGCAACAGAAAGUGCUGUGCCGUGCAAAAUUAUGAUUAAAUCUCCAUUAGUGGAGGACUACAAACAGCUGGAGUCCCCUUGUCUUCAUGUGUUACUGCAGGACAGUAAACCUGAGCAGAGUCUGUUAUCACAAUAUUUUAUUUUAGUUAUCCUUUAUUUCAACUUUUAUAUUUUAUGAACAGCUAUAUUUGGGAGAACCAUAAACAGACAUAGACAUAGCAUGAUCGAUUCUGACAGCUGCCAACCAGUGAUGGUGUGACUUCAGGUUUUCCUCUAAUGACAGAACAAAGAGUAUGUGUCACCUGUUUUUAUGAUUUAAAAUUGUACUGCUGUCACAGCAUAUGAUGGAGGUGCUGACUUUACAAUGUCACUUGGUCAUCAUAAACCAGAACAGUUCAACACAAGAGGCAAAAUGAUGCUAUAUAAAGAGGAGCUUUUUCCAGUAGGCAAAUGGUGUGUUAUCUUUAAACUUCUGAUUCCAGGAGCCAAAUAUCUAAAACCCAAUGUAAAUCUGUAAAAAGGGAAAAAAAAAAGAGAAAAAAGAAAAUAUGCACUGUAGCAUACUGUAUACUUUAUAACACAUACCUGGUUUUAUUUUGUUGAGACACCAAUCAAUUUAUUGAGGGGUUAUUGUAAGAAAAUGUUUAAUAGUGUUAAACAUUUCACUGAUAAAUAAAUCAAAAAAUAUCAAACUGUC